GGCGGCGCCAAGCUGCGUAGUCCUGCCACUCCCGCCCAGCCGUGCGCCAGGCCAGGCUGCGCGCCGCGGUGCCGCCCACCCUCCAACAACACAUUCCUCAGCUCGACCUCCAUACUUCCGAGCUCAGCCCCCCCGGCUCAACCUUCAUCGGCGACCUCCAGAGGCACCGCGGGCACCGCAGCGGCCAGGCUGUCGGAGGGGUCGCAGGGCUAUGGCCUGCGGCGCCCACGCUGGCCCAUGGUGCCCUCAGUGCCCAUGGUGGCCCUGCCCUCGCCCGCGCCGCCCCUGCAACCGCCUCGGUCCAUGGUGCCGUCGCUGCGCUUCCUGCCGCGCUGGUGGGACAUCGCCCAGGUGCUGCUGGGCGUGGUGACGAGCCUGGCCGUCAUCGCGUGGCUGGCCGUCAUCGCCAGUCGCGGAGGUAGGCCGGUGCCGGCCGCGCCCCUUGCCGCCGCCGCACCCCGCUGCCCGGCCGGCCUGCCGCGGAGGGGGUGCCCGCCCGCGGGGCUGCUGCUGCUCGGCCUGCACGAGCACUGCAAGGCCGCUGACAGCCUUCUGUACGAUUUCCACCGAGCCUACCUGUUCACGUCCACGAUGGGCGACAGGCGACCGCCGGGCCCGGGCGGCAUGCACAUGGGAUUCAGCGUCACGACCUCGUUCGGCGUCCGUCGCCUAAGUGGUGGUGGCCAGCGCGGCCAGGGGGCCGGCGGGGAGGCUCGCGCGGAGGCCCCCGGUGACGGUCGUGCUGGAGCCUCGCAACCGGCGCGAGCCAUAGAAGAAGCGAGUCCCCCGACACCGACCAGCAGUCCGCCCGCUCCCACCGAGGCUCCUGCUCCCAUCUCUGCUCCCGUCCAACCCGAGCGUGACGAAGUGCGCGACAUUUGGGACAACCUCUUCGAGCCCGACGACAACGCGGCCGGCCAGGCUCGCGCGCGCCACACGCACGUGCACCACCACUUCUACGACCACUUCCACCAUCACCACCACCAGGACGAGCAGAGCCAGAACGCCGACGCGGAACGCCUCGUGACCGAAAGGCCGGUCGUCGGCCACGGCCACGCACACGGCCACGGCCACAGCCACCACAUCGGCCCGGACGGCAUCCCUUACGCCGUUUUCGACGCGCAUUCUCACUCCCACCUCCCCCAGGACCCUCACGGGGGACCCCCGACGGGAGCCCAGAGGCCCCAGCGGCGUGGGACGCGAGCCCCGGACACCACGACCACGAUGGUCUGCUACCUCUUCAUCACCCUCCUUGUUGCUUCAGGCAUUCUCGCCAUCGGAGAAGUUAUCCGGGACUGGUGGACGAAUCUGGCGGUCAAGGCUGCCCAGGCCGCGCCGCUGGACGAGGGCGCAGCUCCCGCGGGGGCGGGGGCGGCGCUGGGGGCGGCGCUGGGGGCCGGGGCGGCGGCAAGUGCGGCCGCGCUGGGGGCGGCUCGCCGGGGACAGCAGCAGCUCUCUCGUCGGUGCUCGCUCGUGGACCUCACCGUGAGCCGCCACGAGCGCCGCGAGUCCCUCGCCCACGCGCAGGGCCAGGCGGCGGUGGGGCCGCUCAUCGGUAAGGCCAACUCCACCAACUCCGUCUUUCUCGAAGGGCUCGGCCGCCGCCGCUAUCCCGACGCAGCUCCUUCCCCGCAGCGCCGGCCGCCUGUCGCGGCUCUCCAGCACCAAGCAGCAAUGGGGGGCCUGGGGCAGGGCCGCCAGGGCCGCCAGGGCGCCCACCUGGAGGUCUGGGAGAGCGUGGAGGAUCCCUAGGAAGCGGAAGCGCAUCGCCACGACGGCGCCCCUCCGUGUCCACGCCUUCGCUCUCCUUCGACUUUAGCGACGGUGAAUCCAGUCCCGAUGCGGGUCGGAAACGCGUCCGCAUCAUCCGCAGGCACUAGCAGCGCCCGGGGAACGUCUGAUGGGUGGACCACGCCAUGUGGGUGAACGAAAGACUUUGCGUGCCCAAGAGGCUACAAGCGCACAUGUGCACAUACCUUUAGAGUAUUAUAUUUAUAUAAGUUCAUCUAGUCUCUUCGCAUAUCAGAUGUUGAAUAUUUAACUACAAUUGAUGGGUCUUGUUUCAGGCAAAACCAAAGGCCCACUAAGAACUUUUUCUUCUAAACUAUAAAACCAAAGAACAAAGAAGUGUUAUCAUCUUGAUUUCAUAGUGGGUCUAUAUUCUCAUAAUCUUCAUUCAUUCCUUCCAUGACUGUACAAUCCAAUUUUAAAAAAUGAAUAAAAACAAGCUGACAUGCCUUCUAAA